AUGUCCACUCCAAUUCAACAGUCUCAACUCCGUCAGAGCGUUACCUACGACGAGCCUACCACACCCCCGAAUAGGAAUCUCGAAGUACAUAUUCCUGGUAGUGACAGUACAAUUGAGCAGGAGUCACUGCAUUCAGGAAGCCCUCCACCCAAAGCUUCAGAAAGUCCUACUAUACAUGUCAGUCGCGAUGAGUGGGAGGCUGCUCUAUCUCUUAUCCUACUUCAUCAGCAUACUACCUACGCAGAUGAAAACAAUAUUCCACGAGAGGUCCUUCGCACCACAUAUGUCAACAGGUUCGGAAAUACUUGCUCAGAAGAUGACUUGUCAGAAGCAGCAGCCAAAGCCAUUGCAACAACCCCUACAGGAUUCAACUGUGAGGAUCUGCGCUGGCUUAUCUGGGCAGUGAAACAGAUGGGAACCGUGGUAAAUGCUGAUCAUUUCAGGCUGCUGGCGCGUGACUUCAGUACUCGUUACCCAAACAAGCAGGUCACUGCUGAGCAGCUGUACUACAAGUGGGCUACUUGGCAUGAGGAGAUGAGUCGGGCUGACGGACCUUUGAUAAGGGGAGAAAGGGUAAUUGGGUAG